AUGGAUAUCCGUGUGCUGAGGCCGUCGGAUAUCCCAAAUGUGCAAACAGCCAAUAUCACGAAUCUGCCCGAGAACUAUUUCUGCAAAUACUAUCUUUACCACGCGAUGUCAUGGCCGCAAUUAUCAUAUGUAGCAGUCGAUGUUUCACGCCCACCGAAGACACCGUAUGACCCGCCAAAGAUUGUCGGCUACGUCCUCGCGAAGAUGGAAGAGGAACCCGCGGACGGCGUGCAGCACGGCCACAUCACGAGCCUGAGCGUCAUGCGAACGCAUCGCCGACUCGGACUCGCCGAGAAACUUAUGAGGCAGAGCCAACGCGCCAUGGCAGAGACCUACGGUGCAAACUACGUUUCCCUCCACGUGCGUGUCUCGAACGCCGCGGCGAAGCACCUAUACAGCGACACGCUUGGCUUCACGAUCGAGAAGACGGAGCCGAAGUACUACGCCGACGGCGAGGAUGCGUUCAGCAUGCGCAUGGAUCUGUCGGACCUGCGUCUCAAGAUGCAAGACAGCGAUGAUGAGGACGAGGAGGGAAGUGUGGGGCAGGAUGAGGGCGGUGAGGUUGGCAGCGCAGGGAAGAAAGGGGAGGGGGCGGAGGCGGAGAAGAAGGCGAAGAAGAGGAAGGUUAAGAUGGGGAGGGGGUUGGGUGUGGGAGAGCUGGUUGAGAGGAACGAGAUACAGAAGGCCUGA